AUGCAGGACUUUGUGGAUGAUCUCUGAGCUCCAGACCGCAGCUACACCUCAGAUUCGAGCUUCCGCCCAGCUUUAUGUUGUUUUCCUGCGUCUGAAGAGCAGAAAGUCUCCAGCAGCGGGUGAAAGAGGCGCGGCCGCGCAGACAACACGCGCACGUGUGCAGCGUUUGAAGUGAUUUGCUGGUAAACAUGUUGCGGAUCCGCAACCGGAAGCUGUAGGCUGAAGACCAGAGCAGAAACAUGCAUCAGAGGGACGCGUGGCAGCUGUGGAUGCUGGUCCUGACCGCGGCGUCGGUCCCGGGACUGCCCACAAACCUGAAGGGAAGUCCGGCCACAGACGGGAACACCGCCGCCCCCAGUACCGAGGUCACACCAGAGGACCCAGAUGACCAUGUGAACCUGGAACAUCUCCAGCAGGAGAAUCUGCUGCAGCCCUUUCCAUCCUCUCCAUCAUCCAGACACCACUGGUCCCAGCCCCGUCACCAGGGAGCUCUCCCACAACCUCUACCUGAGGAUGACCAGGAGCUCUUUAUCCUGGAUCUGAGGAACUUUCCAGACUUGGCCAAUGCAAACAUAGGCUCCCAGAACCCCAACAUCCAGGUGACCAUUGAGGUGAUGGAGGACACGCAGACAGAGGUGGAGAUGGACCUGAUCGAAAACGGCCAAUGGAAUGACUGGUCGGCUUCAUCAUCUGAGUGGAUCAAUAACUACAAGAACCUUUUCUUGCCACUGUUCUGGGACUACCCUGAUCGAGCGGAGAGCGGGUUGGAAGGGGCUGGUUCUGAGCAACAUUUUGAGCAUUACAGCUAUGAUUCAGAAGACCCAGUCUUGAGUGGAGUUAGAAGAGACUGGCAACACUGGAACAGAGCGUGGGAAACAAAGGAUAACUUUGUGUCUGAGGACUGGAGCAGCUGGGCUCCAUGCAGCGUCACCUGUGGAUCUGGAACCCAGAAACGAACCCGAUCUUGCGGCUAUAUAUGCACGGCGACUGAAUCACGGACAUGUGACCUGGACAGCUGUCACAAUGUCGAGGUAACUAAAUCCACACCUCUUCAGACGACAGCAACUACCAAUUCCAACGCAGCGCUGCAGCAGGACCAACCAUGGAGGAAGAGCCCUGGAUGCAGCCUCUGCAUGAGGUUCCUCUGGUUCAGAGCCAAUGUGGACAGCUGUGAGAAGUGGCUGAGCUGUAAGAAUGACUUCCUUCAGACGUACCUGCAGCAGGUGCUCACCGAGCUGCCCAGCUGCCCUUGUUACUACCCCUCCGAGGUUGUGUACAGCACUGUCAACAUCCAGGACACCGGACUUAGGAAAACCUACCGCUGGAAAGAUGCAAGCGGACCCAAAGAACGUCUGGACAUUUAUAAACCAUCUGCAAGGUUCUGCAUCCGUUCCAUGCUGUCAUACGACAGCUCCACGCUGGCGGCGCAGCACUGUUGCUACGACAACCAGAUGAAGCUGAUAACGCGUGGGAAAGGGGCGGGAGCACCGAAUUUCAUCAGCACAGAAUUCUCCCCAGAGCUCCAUUACAAGGUGGACGUCCUGCCCUGGAUCCUGUGCAAAGGAGACUGGAGCAGGUUUCAUUCGGUCCGGCCACCGAACAACCGGCUGGACUGCGAGGAGAACCCUCCAGAAUCUGAGUUUCAAAUGCAGCUCAAAGAGGCCAAAGAGUACUGACUCUGGAUGUAGGCUGUGAUGGUGUCUUAGGUCCAGGGGACGUUUCAUGUCCUCCUGCAUCCAUUUGGUCUGAAAGACUGGGACACUUAACUUUCUGAGUGAUGAAUAAUGGAGGACACUGAGGACAAAGACAAUAUGGAGGGCGUGGAAGACAAUGAGGAUGAGGAGGACAAAGCAUAAUUGGUGGAGUUUCUUCUGUUCCAAUGCAGAGAAAAAAGAGGCGUAAAGAAAAGUCGCUUUUAUGCUACAGGGUGAAUAGGGGGGCAAAUUUAUUGGCCCGUGAACUUUUUAUUUUGAUCCUUAAUGAGAGAAAUUCCUGUUUUGCUACUAAUUCAAGGCAACUUAUUUGUACAUCACAUAUCAUGUACAAGACAAUUCAAAGUCCUUCACAGAAAACAUUAAAGCAUCACAGAGGGGAGGAGGAACACAAGCAUUAAAUACAAACUUUGAAAGAAAUAAAAGGAAUAAAAUAAAAACAAAGAAAAAAAUCUAAAAUAAAACAGUUAAAAUAGAAAUAAAGUUCCAGUGUGGGGAAUUAACAGCUGUUCUAAUAAAAGGCAGCAAAUAGA